CAGUUAUCCCCAAACCCAAAAACAAAAACAUAAGGUCGUGUCUGGUUUAUUUAGUUUGUGAAGAAAGCGUAAGUUUGUAUUUCCUUUCAGGUUAAAUACGAGGUCGAGAUAUUGCUGAUAAUUGUUUUUCGAUGACGCGAAGUAUUAUCGUGGAAUCCAUAAAACAUCACCAUCUUACUAAUAAUUCUGUUUAUCCGAUGAAGCCGUAGCAAAGGAAGUUUUUUUGGGAGAGAAGAAGACGAACACGGAGGAGAGCUAACGGCUAUGCAAUCGUGAAUAGCUAUCAACUUCGCAGUUCAGCAUUUUUCCAUUAUUUGCACAAUUAAAACCGGCUUUUUUUUUUUUCAUUUUUUUGUUCUUUCUCUAGGAAUUAUGAGAGAGAGAGAGAGAGGUGAUGGACUGGAGUUUCGAACAAAAGGGACAGGCCUCAUGCGGCCAAACGAAGAUCAAAAGAACCCAAGGAAAUAAACAUACGAAAAAAAAAAAGAGAAACGUAGGACUACUGGUAAAACUGGUAAAUAAAUCCUGAGCUUUUGUUUGACUUUCUAUCUAUUGGAGAACAGACAACGUUGUUACAUUCACAAAGUCCGAAUCUUAUGGUCACCCACUUAAUGCAAACUAUCCCAAAAACUUUUUAUCACUAUGGAUUUUAGGCACAACUAUUUCGUUUGGUUCAAUUCCUUGCAAGAAAAGAGAACCUUCCGACUAGUACUUGUUUAAUUAUUGUUCACAACAAAUAAUAUACACCUUUGGAUUUUUGUGUUCUGUUUCCAAUCAGAACUUUUACUUUAUCAGUUCGUCAAGGGGUCUUAUAAUUGUAAUCUCUGUCGCUCUCUCUUUUUAUUUUUCUUAGUUUUGAUGUUUGACCUGAGGUUAGAUUUGUCAGACACCAACAGUUUUUAACAUUUUGGAAUAAUAUAAUCCGUUUUUGGUGAUGAUGGCAUUUGAUUGUUUUUCUUUCGUAGAGUGUGAAUUGGGAUAUGAAAUAACUCCUUAUUUUUAUAGAUUCUUUUUGAGAAAUAAAAUAAUUAUGAUGUGAAUUUUAAGGGCCUAGGGUUACUUUUUCAUCCUUUGGUUCUCAUCCAGUGCUUGUUUAUGAUUCUACAAGCCGUGGACUCACUUGGGUCGUCGAUAUUACUUGAUUUGCUCGUCCGGUAGUUGAGAGACCUUUAAUUCCCGUAUGGGUGGGUGAGUUUCUCUGUUGUACCGUCUCAAGAGGAUUCUGUAACUAACUAUGGCCAUCUAGUAUUUGGGUGGGUGGCAGGGAUUUGGAUUGUUUGCUUGGUUAGUUUUUUAGGAUCUGCUUGCGGGUCUGGAUUGGGUUUGGGUGGAUUCUUCGCUAGGGAGGAAAUUGGUGCUGCAGUUGAGGGUUUAAAUCCAGUGGAUGUCAUAAUUUCGACUUCUAACUCUUCUGUAAGGAGCCUGUGACUGUGAGGCUUGUGUUGCAAAAGAUAAUUGGUGGUUCUUCUCUCCGAGAAAGGAUACUUGCAUUGUAAUGAUGUUUCAUUCUCAAGGAGCUUCAAAACACACCUGUAGUCUUCUUGCUGCUACCUGUGGGAAAAAUUCGGAAAAACUUAAAAAGGAUGAUGCUGCAGAGGAUAAGCCGAGAUAUCCCUUUCCUGAGUUGGUGUCUUCUGGACGUUUAGAGGUUCAGACUCUGACUAAUCCGAGCAAAGCCGGGUUUUGUAAGAUUCUGGAAUCGUAUAACCCGAGUAUUGUUUACUUGCAAGGAGAGCAAAUUGCGAAUGAUGAAGUUGGGCCUCUUGUGUGGGAAGGUGUUGACAUGUCCACACCCGAAGCUAUAUCUGAGAUAUUCGCCACCACAUUGCCUACUGCUGUUUAUUUGGAAAUCCCAAAUGGAGAAAAAGUAGCAGAGGUGCUUCACUCAAAGGGGAUUCCUUAUGUGAUAUAUUGGAAGAAUUCAAUUUCUUAUUACGCCGCUUGCCAUUUUCGUCAAGCAUUAUUUUCAGUGGUACAGAGUUCCUCUACUCAUGCAUGGGAUGCUUUCCAACUUGCACGUGCUUCCUUCAGGCUUUACUGUGUAAGAAACAACUAUGUCCUUCCUGCUAACAGCCAGAAGGUUACUAGUGAGCUGGAGCCAUGCAUUCUAGGGGAUCGUUUGAAAAUCAAUGUUGAUCCCCCUGAGAUAGAUGCAGAGGGAGAUGAUGAGAGUUCUUCAGAUGCUCUGCCUGCUAUAAAGAUACAUGAUGAUGAUGUGAGCUUGAGGUUUCUUGUUUGUGGAGUGCCUUGCACAUUGGAUGCAUCUCUAUUAGAAUCCUUGGAAGAUGGCCUCAAUGCCCUCCUGAACAUUGAAAUACGUGGGAGCAAACUUCAUGGCAAGUUUAGUGCCCCUCCGCCACCCCUUCAGGCAGGGACAUUUUCUCGUGGUGUUGUGACCAUGCGAUGUGAUGUGACAACCUGCAGUUUUGCCCACAUCUCACUUCUGGUGUCUGGUAGUGCGCAAACUUGCUUUGAUGAUCAGCUCCUGGAGAAUCAUAUAAAGAAUGAAAUUAUUGAGAAGAGUCAACUAGUUCAUGCACUUCCUGACAGUGAAGAAAACAAAAUUACAUUCUCAGAGCCUCGUAGAUCUGCUUCAAUUGCCUGUGGGGCAGCAGUAUUUGAAGUUUGCAUGAAGGUGCCUUCAUGGGCUUCGCAGGUUUUGAGGCAGUCAGCACCAGAUGUUUCAUAUCGUAGUUUAGUUGCACUUGGCAUUGCCAGCAUUCAGGGAUUGCCUGUUGCUUCUUUUGAGAGAGAUGAUGCUGAGCGUCUACUUUUUUUCUGUCCAAGGGAUGGGAAAGAUACUUGUACAGACAAUUUAAUGUUUAGCAGCGCCCCAAGUUGGUUGAGACCACCUGCUCCUACUCGAAAGAGAUCUGAACCAAGCCAAGAGACUACGCCUGGUUCUCGUAAUGGUGUGUCUAAUAAACGUGAUGUAGAGGACAAGGAUGCCAGAUUGAGGAAUCGGGUUAGCAUGCCCUUACUCCCAGCUCGGAAAAAACUGAAGGUUGCUGCAAUGAGGCCUAUCCCUCAUGUUCAACGCCAUAAAAUGACGCCAUUUUCUGGAAUGUCUGAGGCAGAUGGGCAUGAAGGAGGCCAAGUUAAGGCUAAUUUGCCAGUUGUUGCCCCUACAAAGCACAGUAUUGUGGGAUCAACUCCUACAACACAGAGAAGAACAUAUUCAAGCUCAUCACAGGCCAAGCAGAUUAUUUCCUUGAAUCCACUACCUCUGAAGAAACAUGGGUGUGGCAGGAGUCCAAUGCAUACUUGCUCUGAGGAGGAGUUUCUGAAGGAUGUGAUGCAGUUUCUAAUCCUUCGAGGGCACACUCGACUUAUCCCUCAAGGCGGACUUGCUGAGUUUCCAGAUGCCAUACUUAAUGGGAAGCGUCUUGACCUCUUCAACUUGUACAAAGAGGUGGUUACAAGAGGAGGCUUUCAUGUUGGCAACGGUAUCAACUGGAAAGGGCAGAUCUUUUCAAAGAUGCAUAAUUACACAAUGACAAAUAGAAUGACUGGUGUUGGUAAUACGCUAAAAAGACACUAUGAAACUUACCUUCUAGAGUACGAAUUGGCUCAUGACGAUGUAGAUGGAGAGUGUUGCUUGCUAUGCCACAGUAGUGCACCAGGGGAUUGGGUGAAUUGUGGCAUAUGUGGUGAGUGGGCCCACUUUGGCUGUGACAGAAGGCAGGGUCUUGGUGCUUUUAAGGAUUAUGCAAAAACAGAUGGGCUGGAAUACAUAUGUCCACAUUGUAGCAUUACAAAUUUCAAGAAGAAACCACAGAAAGUCGGAAAUGGAUAUUCCCAAGGCUUGAUGGUAUCACGACCACUGUGAUUUCAGUUUUACAUUCCCUUCUUCUUCGUCACCUCUCUCUCUCUCUCUCACCAGUUUUGGGGUCUCUUUUCCUAGUAUCAUUUUGUGAGCAACUGACCACAAGAAGUAGAAAUACGAAAUCAAUGGAGCAUAGGAGUUUGCUGGCAUCACAUCGAAUGUAGGAAUUUUAUAAUAUUUUAUUUUUACCUUUUAGUGGGGCGGGAAGUCUUUAUAGGGUGAAGAAUGCCCUUAACUUGGGAAGAGUGGUUGUAAAAUAUUUGAUUCUCCAUUGAACUUUUGACUGAUGUAGCUUAACAUCAUGAGGGAUAUAUCCCUUAAAACAAUUUAGAUUAUAUUAAAAAAAAAAAAAGUUUCUAUAUUA